UUCUAGUUAGGGUUUAUGUAUUUGUAUUUCACUCUCGCUUUCUGUUUCAAUUUUUAGCUGAAUUACUGUUAUUAAUUUUGGUCUUUUAUCUUCUUCGUGUAGUGAUUCGGAACCUAAUUGACCGUGAACGAUGAGUAAGCUUCAGAGCGGCGGCGCGUGGGAGGGCAUGUAUAGAUUGGUCAUGCGCCGCACUCCGGUCUAUGUCACCUUCGUCCUCGUCGGCGCUUUUGUCGGUGAACGCGCCGUCGAUCGUGGAAUUCACGCUCUAUGGGAACACAUCAACGUUGGGAAACGCUAUGAGGAUAUUUCGGUUCUGGGACAGAGACAGUCCGAAGGGUGAAGUGACAGCGAUGAACAAUUUGCCAUGGCAUCCUUUUCUUUUCCAUAGCUUAGAAGAUGCAUUUUGAUGUUCAAUAAUUGUUACCCGAUUUCUCGUUCCUGCAACGCGCCUGCAGUUUUCUUAACAUGGAAUUACUGGCAAAUUUGGAGUUGCAGUUUUUCUUUUCUUUCCCUUUGCAGUUGAUAAGUUCUAGUGCUAUAUUUUUGAGUGUCCUGUUCAUUUUGAACAUGGGUUUAACUCGAGGAGAAAUAUUUCACUGAACAAUAUACGGAUUAUAAUUCAUUUUUCUUGAAUGCCAUGGAAAUCAAUAGGUGGAGUACGUCAAA